AUGGCAUGGUACUUGGUAGCAAUUUUGCAUGCCUUAGUGUUUGCCAAGUCUUACGGUAAUACUUUCUCCUAUUGCUUCCUCGUUGUUAAGGAAAAACUUAGACAAAGGCACUUCUUUGAGCUCUCUGGAAGUCCCAGACGGUAUCACCCCGUCCUCGCGGCGGUGUCGAAGCCCAUCAAAUCCCUCCUCUCCUCCGCACACUUCUUCGCCGUCUGGUCAAUCCUCAACUGUACCAAACUCCUGCCAUAUCUCAGGUUCCGAAACCAACACAUUGUCCCUACCGGUUUGUUCACUGUCUAUGGACGACCAAACGACAACGAGAAGAGCAAGAUCAUCAUCGCCCUGGUUCCAGGAGUUCCCAAUGACUGUUUAUAUCGGUCCCUUUACGCCGCCGUGGGGCCCAAGAUCUACAUUGGAGGCCAAACCUUCGGCCACUCUUUAACCGAUGUGUGGAUUUUAGACUGCCGCUUCCACACGUGGGAUUGCGGUCCGAGCGUGCCAACAGUGGAAAGGGGCGUUCUUACGACCACAGUUUUGGACGGCAAGAUUUAUCUGAUCGGAAUGUGGACAGAGGAAGAUUCAUGGGUCGACGUGUUCGACACAGUGGCUGGGCGCUGGGAGGCCAUUCCCAGCCCCAAGCUUAGGGCCUACGGCAAAGAGGUUGUUGGUUGUGACAUUAGGGGUGCCAAGGUUUGCGUUUGGAUGGCGGAAGAAGAGCUCAGGUUCGACCCCCCGACGAAGACAUGGGAGGUGUUUGAGAGUGAUAUUGGAUUGAGAUUGGAUUGGAGAACACAGACGUGUGAGGUGAAUGGAGUUUUGUAUUGGUCUCAUGAUUAUCAAUGUGUGAUUAAAUGGUUUGAUGAAGGAAUUGGGGUGUGGAAAGAGCUCAAGUUUCGGAAUCACGGAGGGUGUCCGAAUGACUUGUUGAGCCCUCGGAUGGUCAAUUUGGGAGGGAGAUUGGUAGUGAUGGGGUGGCGAGAAUUACCGGGUCAAAUUGUAACUUCAAUAUAUGAGAAAAAGAUGGAAUUUUGUUUUGAGGAAAUUGAAGUGAAUAAGGAUGAAGAUGGGGAUUUACAGGGAGAAGUUUGGUCGGAGAUGGUUGCUUCGAUGCGCAAAAGGUUGACGGCCAAUGAUAUCUGGUUCUUUGCUUGUAUUCCAGUUUCUUUGUGAGGACUAUUGACGCAAUGGUGACUUUUGUUAUCUCUAAAGACAGUGUGAUGAAACUGCCAACACCAGGACUUCUGUUGUCUUUGAAGACAGUGAAGAAUAUAAAGAGUACAUAUUUUUGAUUGAAGCAAUAUAUUUUGUUUCGUGAUUGGAGAUGUUCGCCGGAAGCUCCUAACAUUUUUUUUUUUUCCCUUUCCUGGAAGAUAAAAGUUUAUGUUGUUUCCUAGCAUAUUGGUGGAUCUAAGGAUUUCUUAACCAAGGUCUGAGGGCCAUUAGAAGACUUGUGACCAACAAUUCUAUCAUUCUUGUAACAAGGAUAUAGGAACCAUACGCACGUGUAUUUGGUGCAGUGCAACUUCUUGGUUUUUUGUCGUUUUUUGAAUCAAAAGAUUUCAAUCGACUUUUCAUUCGACACAAGAAUCUCACUGAAUCCUGGUUAUUGCAUGCUCUGUGGAGAUGCCAGAUGGACGCGGAUCUGUGGCAUAGUACUAGUAGCAGUUUUGCAUGCACCAGUGUUUG